AUGGACGAAUCUGCUUCUUCUAGUGAUAUUAUAUCUUCUUCUAACUCUUCUGCUAUUCCUUUGCUUUCAAACAAUAGUGUGGUAACUUCUGCAUUUAUCGAAUCAAUUUCUUCACUGGAAACUUCAAACAACCAAAGAUCAAAUUCUCUCACCAACAAUAGAAGAAGCUUGGCCAAUGAAACCUCAACUUCAAAUUUUAAUUCCUCAUUGAUCAGUUCAGGAAACUCUUCAAUGGAAUUUUUCACUUCGGAUACUCAUAUUACCUCAUCGAAUUCAAUAAUCACCAAAACUAAUUCCAUUCUCUCCAAGAAUACUGGAGGCAACUCUGCUCUAUCCAAUUCAACAUUAAACACAACUUUAUCUAAUAAAUCGUCGCCAUCCAUUGGUUCAUCCUCAGUGUCUUAUAAAACUUCUUCAGCACUUUUCAAUAAAUUUCAACAAGGCAAUAAUAUUUUAUCGAAAAUCAAAGAAGAAAAUGAGUCCUGGGAGAGAAAUGACAAUGAUAUUCAAAACAUAGACUCUCCAUCAUCGGAUAUCAUCUAUGGUAAUUUAGAUAAUCCACAUGAACCACCUCAUCCAAUAAAUCUUAAUGGCCAAAAAUCUUUGAAACAAGCAGCCGCUGAUAGACACUCAUCAUCUAUAUUUCCAAACGAUGACAUUUUCACAACUCAUAUGGAAGAAAGACUACUUCGUUGGAGACCCCCAUCUUCACAAAAUAAUGUUGAUGAUGCACUAAAUGGAAAACAUCCCUAUCAAUUAAAUUAUCAUGAUGAUAACCCUAAUUCACAAGUCUCCUUACAAAAGACCCCUGCCCAUUUUUAUUCUUCUGGAAUCGAUCGUUUAAAAAGCGUAUUUACAAAUAAAAACCAAUCUAAGAACGACAUCAAUUCCAAUUCUUCUACUUCUCAAUUGAACUCUCCAAACAAUCCUGAAACUGGCAUAUCUCAGUUUAGAGUCACUUUCAACGAAACUUUGUCUAUUCAAGAAAUUAGACAAAACUCUCCAGUCCAUAGAAACUCUUUAGUAUCUUAUACUCCCUCAAAUGAAUCUUAUUCAAUUGAUCCUAAAAGAUUAUCCAAUAUAAAUAAAAACGCCAACUGUCCUGGAAACUCAACUAAAAGUAUUUCUGAUAGAAAUGUGUUAAAUGAACAAGAAGAUUAUUCAACAAUAUUAACUGUUAUAUCCGUUAAUAGUGAGCAUCUCGGUCUUGGUGAUGAGAUUUCGUCCAUUUUUCAUAAUGAGAACAAUGGCUUGAGAACCCAACAACCUUCUUUUCUUGGUGAUCCUGCUUAUUCUUUAAAUCCAACAACACCUGAAGCGUUUCCUUUGAAUUCAGAAGAUUUGAGUAAAUUUCAACAUGAUUCAGAUCAAAGUACCCAUUUAAACUCAAAUCCAUUUAUAUCAUGUUGGAAUUCGAGCUGGAAUUCAAGUUGGAAUUGUGUAUUUUUUUAA